CACAACCGUAUCUCAAACUCUGUCUUUUAUUCAAAUAUCCUCUCUGCGGGACUCAGUAGUUCAUUUUGAUAAAUAGAAUGGAGAGCCCACACGAACAUCAACAGAGCCUGCUGCUCUCUCGCAUUAUCACUAAUGUGGAGAAACUCAACGAAGCAAUCAUGGUGUUGAACAAAAGCUUGCAAGAAAUCAACUUUCAAAACAUGAACGUCGAGCUGGUAGCACAAAUGUUCAAAAACUAUCAGUCAAAUGUUCUCUUCCAUCUUGAAGCAACCGACGAGCUCAAGGAACCUUCUUGAAUGAAAAAGGAUUUUGAGGCCAGUCGUACGCUUGGACAGGGUGUAUAUGUUUAAACAUCAUGAGAAAUGGAGCGAAGGAUAGGAGUAUACCAUGGAGCUGAUAGGAGGUGCCCUUAUGUUGCCAUUAUUUAGCGCUUUAGCUUAUGGAAUAUUAAGCUUCUCCAGUUAUUUCAUUAAAUUCCAAAAUUACAUGC